UUUUCGUCGACUUCCCUCUUCGGCCAGCGACCAACUCGACAAACGGACCGACAGCACCGAUCGCCGUCUCCCACCCCGACACAACACCGUCACAAUGGGCCGUCUUCACAGCAAGGGCAAGGGCAUUUCAGCCUCCGCCAUCCCCUACUCGCGCAACCCUCCCGCGUGGCUCAAGACCACCCCCGAGCAAGUCGUUGACCAGAUCUGCAAGCUCGCCAAGAAGGGUGCGACGCCCUCGCAGAUUGGUGUCAUCCUCCGUGACUCGCACGGCAUCGCCCAGGUCAAGGUCGUCACCGGUAACAAGAUCCUCCGGAUCCUGAAGAGCAAUGGCCUUGCCCCCGAUAUUCCGGAGGACCUGUACAUGCUCAUCAAGAAGGCCGUUGCCGUCCGUAAGCACCUCGAGCGCAACCGUAAGGACAAGGACUCCAAGUUCCGCCUGAUUCUCAUUGAGUCCCGUAUCCACCGUCUGGCCCGCUACUACAAGACCGUCGGUGUCCUCCCGCCCACCUGGAAGUACGAGUCCUCGACCGCCAGCACCAUCGUCGCCUAAACAAGAGGGCUAUGAUGCGCACGCCGAGUCGAGAAAGGGUCGCCUGGCAGGGCUUACUGUGAAGGGCUCGGGCCCUUUGCAGCCAACUGGCUCAUCUGUGUGGAGUCGUCGGCUGGCCAGGUUUGCGCCGUUGGAGUUGGGGGAAUGGAAAGGAUACCUGCAUUCUAGAGCAUCGCAAUGGGGCGCGAUGUAUCGCUGUCGCUCAGGCAUGCAAAAGCACGGGAGCUGAAGCGAUGAUGAUGACUUGGAGGAGAUAAAUGCAAAG